AUGUCUAGUAUCAUGCAAUCCAGUAUGGUUAAAUUCAUUAUUGACAAAGACCGAAGGCGGUUCUCAAUUCACAUGGCGCUAGCCAGCUCUUUCCCGAAGGAUAUACUCCAGCUUCCUUUAAACAGUGAAAUCGACGAGGUUGUCUUUGGCUAUUGCUGUGAGUUCGUAUAUACGGGCGAUUACACCGUCUCCUUACCGAAUUCCAAUCCCUCCGGGAGUGCUGUCGUCCAACACAGCAACGACAAUACAGUAUCUCAAAAAUUUGGAACGCGAUGGAAUCCUAUGAACCUGACUGAAAAUCUAUUCCAUCCAACGAAUCUUUCUGAUAUCCAUGCUCCCGUCGCUGAGCGACUUGGCCCGGUGCCUUGGUAUGAAGAUGGAGAUACCUUGAAUGCAGAUCCUGCGGACAAUUAUACAAAUGUGUUCCCGAGCCACGUGCAAGUUUAUCGCCUCGGCUAUAGAACGAACUGGAAUUCGCUAUGCCAUCGGUCGCUCUAUUGGCUCCUACGCUCUCUUGCCCGCUUCAAGCUCUUCCAAGAACGAACUGAAGAUAUUGUCAAAUUUCUAAGAUUUGUAUUUGAGGAAAGUGAGUGCAUGGAGAAUCUGCAAAAGAUUUUGCGAGAUUAUGCAGCAUGGAAUGUGGAAAUUCUUAUGCGGGACACCGAUUUUCAACAACUACUCGACAGAGUACCAACCUUGGAGAAAGCCAUUUUCAGUUCAAUGUGGAAGUGA